AUGGUCUUCACCACUGCCCUCCUCGCAAUCAGCCUGGCGCCAUUGCUGGCAGCCGCCCAACUGUCCGGUACCGUGGGCCCGACAACCUCCUACUCGACGAAGGCGAGCCACAAAAUCUGCAAUGUGCUCGACUAUGGUGGUGUCGCCGACAAGUCGACCGAUAUCAGCACCGCCAUCAGCUCGGCCUGGAACGAGUGCAAGAGUGGCGGUGUGGUCUACAUUCCAUCUGGCGACUACGCGCUCAAUUCCUGGGUCAAGCUGACCGGCGGGAAGAGCACUGCCAUUCGACUGGAUGGAAUCCUCUACCGGACCGGCUCUGACGGAGGCAACAUGAUCUACAUCGAGCACACUUCGGAUUUCGAGCUGUUCAGCUCGACCUCGAAGGGUGCGGUGCAGGGCUCUGGCUAUGAGUUCCACAAGAAGGGAGAUCUGACCGGGCCUCGGAUUCUGCGUCUGUAUGAAGUUACCGACUUCUCGGUCCACGAUCUUGCUCUGGUUGAUGCCCCGGCUUUUCACUUCACCAUGGACACUUGCCAGAACGGCGAGGUGUACAACAUGGCUAUUCGUGGCGGUAGCUCUGGCGGUCUGGACGGUAUCGAUGUGUGGUCUACCAACAUCUGGGUUCACGAUGUCGAGGUCACCAACAAGGACGAGUGUGUUACUGUCAAGAGUCCCGCCAAGAACAUCCUCGUGGAAAACAUCUACUGCAACUGGAGCGGUGGCUGCGCCAUGGGCUCCCUGGGUACCGAUGUCGACAUUUCCGACGUCACCUACCGCAACGUCUACACCUGGUCCUCCAACCAGAUGUACAUGAUCAAGAGCAACGGUGGCAGCGGCUCCGUGUCCAAUGUCGUCCUGGAGAACUUCAUCGGCCACGGCAACGCCUACUCCCUCGACAUUGACCAGCAAUGGAGCAGCAUGUCCACCGUUUCCGGCGACGGCGUGCAGUUGAACAACAUCACCAUCCGGAAUUGGAAGGGCACGGAGACGGACGGCACGGAGCGCGGGCCGAUCAAAGUGAACUGCGCCUCCCGCGCGCCCUGCACCGACGUGACGAUCGUGGACUUCGCGAUGUGGACCGAGUCGGGCCGCUACCAGAAGUACACCUGUAACAACGCGUACGGCGAGGGCGCGUGCCUGAAGCACGGUGACGACCAUACCUCUUACAGCACGACGACGAAGGUGACCACCAAGCCCACUGGGUACUCUGCGGCGAAGAUGAAGUCGGACCUGGCGAAGGCGUUUGGCACAGACUCGCCUAUUCCGAUCCCUGCGAUCCCGACGUCGUUCUAUCCGGGUGCUACGCCGAUUAGUGCUCUGGCUGCGCAUGCGACUUCUACCUAG